UGAGAGACAGUCUGUAGUCUGGGAGGGCUGUGGUGGAGAAUGAGGCGGGAGCAGAUCAGAUAUUUACAGAGAAAGAAACACCAGCAGAGGCAGACAGACAGACAGAGAGAGUGAGCAACCUCUGCACAUUCAGCUGAAGCAAAUGAGAGGCAGAAUCACCUGAAGAACAGAGAGAAGGCAUCAGUUCCCACAGCAAGACUACACAGUGGAAAAUUUCACUGCCUCUUAAAGCAAAGCUCUCCCUCAAAUUAAAACCUACAAUGAUGAGAAGUGAAGGGUCUGUUGAUGUAGCUGAGCUGAAAUUACCAGCAGGGUGGUUUUCUGAGGCGCUUCUCUGAGACAGUGGGCAGUGGAUUAAUCACCAUUGAUUCUCAAGACACAUUAUCCAAAUGGACCUGAGCAACAAAUAACCAAAGAGGGAGAGACCAGCGAUCACUAAUAGCAAUAUCCAGGGGAAACGAAAACUUGUCCCUCUUGAACUUGCUUCAGGAGAUCAAUUUAUUUUUUUGUACUAAACGACAAAGUUUGUGAAUGAGAAUUAACAGUGAGAAGAGGAGCCAUUGGAAUGUGAAUGCUGGUUAAGACUUAGCCUAGAGAUUCGAAGACUCCUCCAAUAAGAAAUCUUCUUUACAUGCUGGAUCUUAGUCUUGGUUGCAGUGACCAGCGCAUUGAGUCCAUAAUCUCCAGGCAAACAUUUUCAACCCCAAUAUUUAUAUUUUUUUAACUAUUUAUCUUCUGGUGGGCAGGACCGUGCACGGGGACAAAUGGCAUUGAUUCUUACUGUUACACUGUGUGUGUAUUUCAUGUUGAUUAAGCCAUCACUGGCAGAUCGGGCUGGCAUUAGGUCCAUGGACAGAAAAACUCCGCCACCUGACAAAGAUCUGGAAGAAAUAAUAAACGUUCCAGAGUUCACCGGCCGGCAGUUACCAGACACUGUGGUGGACCCACAUGACACUUGGCUUCUUUUCGUAGAACAUUCAGAGAAAGGGGGUAACGACAGGAGGAGAAACAAGGGAAAAAUGAAAAAAACACAGCAUGGUCUUCCAGGGCCAGCUGGCCCUCCGGGACCCCAGGGCCCACCAGGGCCGCCCGGGGCUGUGGUCACAAAGGAAGAGUUGCUACAGGAAUUCAAAGAGAUGGUGAAAGAAGUAGUUGAAGAAAGAAACAGGUUCGCACUGCAAGAAAAGUGCCAGGAAUGUUCCGGAAUGGAGGACAACCUGAGAUCUCCUACUUCCCUACCUUGGGCGCUGGGCCCAUAUCGCAGGCUGGAGGCCGGCUUCCACUGUAAGCUCAAGGAUGACAUGGCCGUGGACAGGAGGAGUAUGAGGGAGCUGCAGAACUUUCAUAUCCCUGAGAAAGAUGGUGUAUUUCUACGAGGAAUUGGCCUGAAUCUGACCAGCGGUCUGUACGUGGCCCCACUCACUGGAUUUUAUCAGUUCUCCGCAAACAUCCAUAUCGAACACAGGGAACACCAGAGAAGGCGGCACACACGAACUCACGAUAACAUUCGAGUGCUCAUCUGUAUCGAAUCUCUCUGUCAGAAUAAUGCCUCCCUGGAAGCAGUUUAUGGCCUGGAUGGUAACAGCAACAUUUUCACUAUGUUUGUCAGUGGUGCCCUCUAUCUGCAGGCAUUGCAGUACAUUUCUGUAUUUGUUGAAAAUGGAUCCAGCUCUCCCGUCACCAUUCAAAAUGGCUCAGAUUUCACAGGAAUCCUCCUGGGCAUGUAAAAACAGUUGUUGUCUCCGGUACCUGAGCCUGCCUGAACCCCUUCCCUCCCUCCCUCCCCAUCCAUGCCUCACUUUGCCCCGCAUGCCAUAUCGACCAGGAAGCAGACUUAUUGUAACACUGAGAAAAGAAAGGACGAGCUCAAGGAGUGCUGGAGAUCAGAAGACAUUAGCUGGAUUUUUGAUCUAAAUCCUUUGGAUAUUAUGGAGAAAUGUUUUCAUGUAUUGUUCUUACAUUUUUUUCUCUGGAUCAGUGCCUAGCCUGUCGGUCACUCGGUCGGGUCCUUUCAAAACUCUUACAAUGCCAGGAAGCUGUUUGCAAUUUGAAGUGGCCUUAUGGAUUUCUAGUAAUUUGAGUAUUUUCAGGAUGAGGAGGCCGUGUUUUUAUCAAGAGUGCAAACUCCAUGGGGCUUUUUAACUCUCCCCUCCCGCCCUAUGUUCUGUGACUUAAAACGAAAUACACCGUACACCGCGCUUUCCUUCCUGGAAGUCUGUCCCCAAAAGGUUCCUGCUUACAAAUCCUCUUUUUUGAAAACAAAAUAGUUUAUGAAAUUUUCAAGUCACAAACCUGCUGCCCUGUUCUAAGCCUCCUUCUGAGGUUUUGUACAUCUGUUUCUUGCUGCUUUGGGUUUUGUAUUAGUCCUUUGCUAAUUACGCUGCUCAAUCCUGCUACAGGCACCAACAGCAGUCAAGCUGUCGUAUUGUUUUCAAGAAACAAAAAUCACGGCUUUUGAUGAAUUUCUACAAAUUAGCAGGUUUGUGUGAUAGAAGUUUCCUUAUUGUCACAUCUUUUUCCAGAGUAUUGGAAAACUGGUUGACAUUUAUGAUUGGCAAGAGUAACAGUUUUCAAACCCAUAUGAAUGUACCACUGUAAGGCAAACACUUAAACUCCCCUGGUGGCUUAGAAAGUAAAAGUAAGGAACUUGAGCCAAACAAACCAGAAAGGACCCAGGUUCAGGUCAACACCGUGAUAAACUAGUUGAUUUGGGAGCUACAAUUGGCCACAUGCAUGGGCUCAGGAGGGGAGAAAAAUUAACAGGAGGUCCUGCUUCUACUUACUAACCAGUGCCUCCUGCUGGGAAAUGCACGUUGGUGGCUAUCAGGUGGAGGACAGCAUCAGCCUCAACCAACAUGCCCCCAAAGUUGAACCUCACUGUCACAGACAGUCAUUGAUUCGACACAGAUACUUGGGAAAAUGGAAAAAUCAGAUUUCAUAUUGCCUGAGAUUACAGGAUCACUCACCGAUUUCCAUCAUCCGUGAUUUUGUUCGGAUGCACAAAAGGAAAAGGUCCAGGAUCUUGUGGAUCAGCACAUAUUACAAAGCAUUCAGUAUUGAUCUUUGAGUGCUUGUUUCACAAUGUUCCACUCUGUAGUUUGCUAAUCCCAAUAACCCAAAUUCGGAAGGCUUCCCUUGAAGAACAAAGGUCAAAUUGCAGAGUGAGUAACUCCAAAGGGCUCAUCACACAUCUCUCAUUGGCAUUGAUGAAGUCCAACGUCAAUCUAUGUGAUGAGAAAUGGUGUGUUCUGUAGGAGAUGUUAAAGAAGGGAACAAAAUAUAAGUAAAUACCGAACAUGCAUUGGGGAGAGACUGUUUGCAGAAUGCAAACCAUAGAUUAAUGAAAGGGCACAUUACUAACCAUUGAUCAGCUUGUUCAUAAGAGAUUACUUUCUGCGGCAAUUUUAAGUUUAGUUACGUGGAGGUUGAUGAUUGUUGGAUUGAUGCUGAUGGUUUUAUGAUCCUGUAUAAAAUGAAACAAUCAACAGGAAAAAAAAAAGGAAGGGAAAUAGUAGAUCGGGAAUCAGAGAGGGACAAACAGACUGGAUUUGAUAGAGGUGGGGAAUCCUGCGCAAAGAAAGGAUUAAGAGAGGAAAUGAGAAA